UGAUGCAGAGGAAAAACUGAAGACUGGAAUGAGAUUAUAAGAAUUUUUCCAGGUGAUUUUUGUCCGUUUCGGGGUGCGUUUAUCUGCCAUGGUGGACUCGGUGCCGGAGAUCCGGCCUCUGGAGCGCUACGAGCCGAACCGAGCCCGAACCGGCGCCAGUCUCCGCUGGAUCCUGAACAAAGCGUUCGGUUCCUCAGAUGAUGUUCCAGCAGAUCUGAGUGAAUGUGUACCUGGUGAUCAGGAUGGAGAUGCAGUGGGCGUGGCUCUGGAGGACCUCAUGCUGUCCUGUGAGCUGUACUCUCGUGCAUAUCCAGCUCUCCUGCAGCGACACACACACUCACAAACACACUCACAAACACACUCACACAGAGACCUGCUGCAGCUCCUCCAGCAACAUAACGUGACACCGACACACACUCACACACCAGUCACUGACACCGAGCUGACGAGCAAACCCAUCAACAUGGAAGCUCAUUUGGCCCUGAUAGAUUCCCUGAUGUCAUUGGCUACCAUGGAGACAGUAGGCAUGGUCAAGAUGGCCAAGGAGGCGGAGCAGUUUGGAGAUGGAGCCAUCUGGGAAAACUCCCUCCUGUUCUGGAUCAACAAGUUGAUUCAGAAGUUGAGAGAGGACACAGAGUCGGAAGACGGUAAGAAGAUGCAGCGCAGCGCAGACCUACAACCUGUUCAACCGUCUUGUCCAUCACGAUGGUACUGGAAGCUGGUUCCAAUCCGCUACAGAAAAGACAAGGUGCGGUCUAAACAGACUCCCACCUUCUCGGUUGUGUCUGGUGUGAAAGAUUUGUCCAACGGCUGUGCCAUCGCUGCCACCAUACACUUCUACUGCCCCCAGAUUUUGCCCUUAGAGGAGGUUUGUUUGAAGGACACCAUGUCAGUAGCAGACAGCUUGUAUAAUCUGCAGCUGAUCAGAGAGUUUUGCAAUGACCAUCUUCAAGGCUGCUGCCCCCUAGUGUUGGAGGACCUACUGUACGCCCCACCCAUAUUACGGGUAAAUAUCAUGUGCUUCCUGGCUGAGCUACUGGCUGUGUUUGAAGUGCAGAAGCCUGACAUCAUCAAGCCAGUGCACACCCUGGACCUGACAGAUGCCUCUGGUUUAGACUGCACCAGCCCUGUCAAUGGCAACAGCAGAUCACCGUUCCUGCUGAAGCAACCCCUCUUGUCAUUGUCAUCCCCUGUAUCUUCUGGUGGAGGAACAGAGGGCCGGGGCUGGAGUAAAAAACAGAUCAGUCGUCCUCUCUCUGCUGUGGCUUUUAGCAUUCCUUUUCCUCUGGACAGUGAUGUGGAUGUUGUCAUGGGUAAUCCUCUGUUCCGCUCAGUUAGCACUGACAGCCUCACCAUGACAACAAACCCUGCUUUGUACACUCCUCCUGAGGAUCUGAGUAAGUUGAUUGGUCAGGCUCCGCUGGGGGAAUUGCCCGCCAUUGAAGAGGCACUGCAAGUCAUUCACACAGUGCAGAAUGAACCACGACAGCGACCAGAGGGGGCACCAGCAGGUUUUUUCCUCCACUCCCCCGAUAAGGACAAGACCAGGCUGAGCAGCUCUGCUCCGUGCCGUUCUGGGAUGAUGUACAGACCAAUCGGUGGGGAAGGAAUUAGUGCCAGACGGCCAACAGGUUGUUCCAGAGAUUCUGACACAUCAGAAGAUGCUGGAACGCCAACCAAUGGACCAAGAGGAGGCCAAAUGACAAGUUUCGCUGAGCGCAGGAAAAGGCUUCCAGAGUCUCCAGGGACUUCCAGGGUUCUGGGAUCAGAGGAACCAUCAAGCCCAGGAAUGAUGAGUCCUGCUGGCACAGCAGAAGCUCAAGAGCUAGGGGCACAAUUGGAGGAAAAACGCAAAGCCAUUGAAGCACAGAAGAGACGGAUCGAGGCAAUCUUUACCAAGCAUAGACAGAGACUUGGCAAAAGCGCCUUCCUCCAACUGCAACGAGAACAAGGGGAAGGAGGAAACGGAGUCAAAGAGGAGGAGGAUUCACUUACUCUAGAUGAAAGGCUGACUCAAAUGGAGGAAGCACUACAGAAAGAAGAAGAGCAGGAGAAGGAGGAGGAGGAGAGGAAGAAAGAUGAGAAAAAAGAGGAGGAAAUGAAAAAGAAGGAUGGGGAACAAGAUGUCAAAUCUCUGCCCAAAUUGGAGAAGCAGGUGACAUUCUCAGUGGAGCCAAAGAAGUUGCCAGAGAAAGAACCACCACUGGUCGAAUACAAUGAGGCGGUGUCCAAACUAAACUCUGCCUUGCAGGCACUACAGAAGGACAUGCAGCGUCUCACAGAACAGCAGCAGAAGCUGAUGGGAAAGAAAACCUCCACACCGUCAUCAUCCAAAACCACAGCAUCUAAAACAACCCCAUCUCCAAGCAAAGCAUGGGUCAUACCAGCAAGUCCAAAAAUGUCAGCUACGCCCCCUCGUCUCUCACGUGAAUCCACCCGUGACCUUUCACCCUCAGGGUCACAAUCACGUCAAAGUGACCUUAAAUCACCCAAAACAUCCAAAACCUCCACUCGUAAGCUUUAUAACAACUCCCCCCCUCCUAAGAGCCCCAAACGGCAGCACUCCAGCCGUCCAUGUGACCUCAGUUUCCAACCCCUCACCCGAGUCCUGUCACCUCUUCAGAACGUCGACACGCUACCCCACCUUCGCCGUGUCUCCCCCAGUCAGUGUCAGGUGCAGACCAACUCCUCCCUUCGAAUUGGAGGCCCACGCACACCCCAGGAGCCUGAAACUCAACUCCAACCUCAAUCAGCCCAAGAAAGUGCAGAAUCUGAGUCUGGGUCCAGUGAUGAGCAGACUCCACUGUUCAGCUUAGAGCUGGAGCCCACUGAUCCUGCACCGCCUCCUGCUGUGGAGUGUGCUGUAAGCGUCUGUGGCGGCAGUAGCUCUGGAGCACCCUCCGAGUGCUCGUUUCUCAGUGACAUGCUCAUCAGCACCUCUCAGAGGCAGGAGGAGGGAGAGACUGAUCAGGACCAGCUUGACAUCUUCUCCUCUGACUCAAUGAGUGACCACAUGGAGACGGAGAGCAAAGCAGGGGUCAGCUUCUACUUUAAGGAGGUGGGUCUGUCAGAGGAAGAGAUGGCUCUGAAGAGAGCACUGCUGCUAGAGCGACAGCAGAGACGAGCAGACGAGAUCAAGAGACGGAGAGAGAGACAAGAGCAGGAGAACCCAAGCCAUCUGUCUUCCACAGACAGUCUUCUCCGUCCUGUGACUCCACCCCUUUCCCAGUCUUUGCCCACCACAUCUGGCCCUGUCUUGCCACCCCAGACUGCACACGCCCCUCGGACACCUCAGGCCACACCCCCUGGGACACCACAAAGGCGUGGUGGGUUCACAAAGGCAGAGUAUGAGCGAAGGCAGCAGCUGAAGAUAAUGGCCGACCUGGAAAGAGUGCUGAAGCAGAAACCGGCCCAUCGCAGCAACAAGAAACAACACGCCCACUCGCCACGCAAGGAGAAAAAAGCAGAACAGCAGAAACCUGUCCAGCCCAAUGGCCCCCUGCCUCCAGACAAACCCACCAGCACCUCUGACUCCAUCUCUAAACUGAUGUCACCUGGCUUCCUGUCCAAUCAGAAUGGAGAGGACUGGGAAAAUGGAUCUAAUGCUUCUUCUCCAGCGUCAGGGACUGAAUAUACUGGACCAAAAUUGUUCAAAGAGCCAAGUUUCAAAUCCAACAAGUUCAUCAUCCACAAUGCUCUCUCACGCUGCUGCCUCGCAGGAAAGGUCAAUGAGAGUCAGAAGAAGAAGAUUGUUGAGGAAAUGGAGAAAAGCUCAGCCAACCACUUCCUCAUCCUCCUUCGUGACUCCAACUGUCAGUUCCGUGCGAUCUACACACUAGAUGGCCAGUCGGAUGAGAUGCAAAGGCUGUGUGGUGUCGGCCCCCGAGCAAUUCCCUGCUCUUCAGUGGAGGCCAUUUACAAGUACAACUCUGACAGGAAGCAGUUCAGUGCGCUGCCGUCUCGCACUGUCAGCAUGAGUGUGGACGCCUUCACCAUUCCUGCCCACUUAUGGCAAACCAAGAAACAGAGCACACCCAAAAAAACAGCCACUCCUCAGUAGUGGCCUUUACUGCAGGAGACUGCUUGGUCUUGGAUGUACUGUUCUGGUUCUGCCAUUACUGGAUUGUUAAGGAGUACCAAUCUGUGUGACAAUUUAUCCCCAAAUGUUUGUGACUAACAAUGGACCAUGACCAGUAACCAACUGGAAUUUUGGCUACUGGAGCUUUUAUCAUCUCACAUGUUUGGGUGAAGAGUUUCCUGAACAUCAUCCAAACCAUAAAGUGGAAAAAAAAAACCUAAGAAAAUUUAUGAUGAGAUGAGAUUAUGGUAUUUCUUAUAAAAUAAAAAUCUUCCCUAAUUGCAUGUAAAUGAUUGGAGCAAAGCAUGAGCACGUAGAAAGCACCAGACUAGUUUAGAUUUUUUGAGACACUUUUUUGAGACGCUACGUUCACAUUACCAGGCUGAAUUGACUCAAAUCUGAUUUUUUGCCUUAAUGUGACACAGAUCUGAUGUUUCCAGGGCUGUGUCCUCCUCCUUCUCUUCCUCCUCCACCUCCUAAACCUCAUGCCAGCAUGGUGUUGAGCCCUCCAGUGCCACCAAACUCCGCCAUCUCUCACGGUCUUGGCUGAGUGCCGGGACAUUCUCCAGUCUCAAAUUAAUCUGCUGGAGGUCUUGACGAAUGAAAUUGUUCCAACGGGCGUGCGGUCGGCCAUGAGGGCAUCUCCAUCCCAUGGCUGGCAAAUCAAAUGUGUAAAUAGCUCUUGUGGGGUGGUCGUCUGUGCAGUGCAGGACGUGUCCGAGCCAAUGAACAUGGCGCUGUGUGAUGGUGUGGAGGAUAUUUAGUUGGUUAGUCCUCUGGUGGAGCUCCUCAUUGGAGACACAGUUGUACCAAUGCACCCCCUCAAUGCUCCUGAGGGCUGUGUGGACACAGAAAUCUGAUCUUUUCAAAUCAGAUUUGAGUCACUUUCGUAAGUGGUUCUAAAUUGGAUACGUAUUCAAUUUGUGGCCAUGUGACAUGAAUGAGAACGCUCAGAUCAGAAUUCAUGUGGCUUUUUGUCUAUACGCAUGUGCUGAGUUCCGUCUUCAGCAGCAGCACCAGCAACACAACAAUGGAGGAGAGACACAGGCUUCCCAACCUGAUCAUAUGCAGCUGAUGACCUGUUUGUCCUCCAGAACAAAAUGCAGUGCAUACAUUAGCUACUAUCGUGUCUGUUAAUUUGGUUUUAGUUCCACGAGUCUCUCACAAAUACAAUGUUAUUUGUUGUUGGUGACAAAUGACUUGUCGAAAAAUGUAUCGCUGUGUUCAUGUGUGUUGUUUCGGAGAACAGAUGUGUUCACAUUACAGUGAGAUCCAGAUCACAUGGAAUUAAGAACAUGAACUGUCAAGAUAGGCAAAUCCGAUCUGACCAAAAAGAUGGCUCAUCAGAACUGAACAAUGAGGCUUGUGAUGUGAACAUAGCUUAAUAAUAAUAAUAAUAAUAAUAAUAAUAAUAAUAAUAAUAAUAAUAAUAUUC